AGAGGAGAAACCAGGCGAGGGGAGAGAAGACGAAAGACUCUCAGAGGCCAUAGAGGAUAAAACUGUUCCAAGGACUGUAGAGGACAUAACAAGUGAGAGUGCAGAUGAGGACAAACCAGUCCUUGUGGAUGAAACAGAUGUGGGGAAAAUGGAGGACACAGCCGGUGAAGGGACAGUGAAUAACAAAGCAGAUAAGGAAAUAGAGGAAGACAAAAUAUUUAAGGGGAACGUGGAGGACAUAGCAGGCGAGUGGAUGGAGGAAGAUGAAUCAGUUGAAGAGACAGUGAAAGACAAAAAUGUUGAGGGGUCAGUUAACAACCUUGACGGCAAGGGGACCAUUGAGAACAUUGCGGGAGAGGACAGCAAAAGCGUGGAGGACAGUGGACACAGAAAGAGGACCUUGGAGGAAAACACAGCAGAUGUAGCAAGUGAAGACAAAACAAUUGAGGAGACAGUGGAGGACAUAGAAGGCAAGGGGACAAUGGAGGUCAAAAAAGCUCAUGUACACAGUGAAGACAAAACAAUUGAGGAAACAGUGGAGGACAAAGAAGGUGAAAGGAAAGAGAAGGACAAAACAGAUGAGGCGACAGAGGAAGAUACAGACAAGAAGUCAGUGGAGGACAUUAGUGGUGAGGUGACUAUAGAGAAAUGUUACAGCUGUUCUCCAAUGUCCCCUCAAACAGUGGAAGAUGCGACAGCUGAGGUGAAAGUGGAAGUAACAGACAAUCUUAGAUGUUCCAGCUGUUCUCCAACUCCACCUCAAACAGUGGAAGACACAUCAGUUGAGGGGACUGUGGAAGUUAAAGACAAGGGGACAGUGGAGGACAUAGUAGGUGAGGUGACUAUAAAGGAAUGUUCCAGCUGUUCUCCAAUGUCCCCUCAAACAGUGGAAAAUGCGACAGCUGAGGGGACAGUGGAAGUAACAGACAAUCUUAGAUGUUCCAGCUGUUCUCCAAAAUCCCCUCAAACAGUGGAAGACCCGACAGUUGAGGGGACUGUGGAAAUUGCAGACAAUCUUAGAUAUUCCAGCUGUUCUCCAAAAUCCCUUCAAACAGUGGAUGAUGCGACAGUUGACGGCACAGUGGAAGUUACAGACAAGGGGACAGUGGAGGACAUAGGAGGUAAGGUGAUUAUAGAGGAACGUUCCAGCUGUUCUCCAACAUCCCCUCAAACAGUGGAGGAGGUGACAGUUGAGGGGAUAGUGGAUGUUACAGACAAUCUUAGAUGUUCCAGCUUUUCUCCAACGUCUCCUCAAACUAAGGAAAACACAACAGUCGAGGGGACAGUGGAAGUUAAAGACAAGGGGACAGUGGAGGACACAGGAGGUGAGGUGAAAACAGAGGAAUAUUCCAACUUUUCUCCGACAUCCCCUCAAACAGUGGAAGGCACGUCAACUGAGGGGACAGUGGAAGUUACAGACAAUCUUAGAGGUUCCAGCUGUUCUCAAGUUAAAGACAAGGGGACAGUGGAGAACAUAGGAGGUGAGGUGACUAUAGAGGAAUGUUCCAGCUGUUCUACAACGUCCCCUCAAACAGUGGAAGACGUGACAGUUGAGGGGACAGUGGAAGUUACAGACAAGGGGAUAGUGGAGGACAUAGAUCAGGUGACUACAGAGGACUAUUCCAGAUGUUCUCCAACGUCCCCUCAAACAGUGGAAAAGGCAACAAUUGAUGGAACAGUGGAAGUUACAGACAAUCUUAGAUUUUCCAGCUGUUCUCCAACGUCCCCUGAAACAGUAGAAGAUGCGACAGUGGAAGGGACAGUGGAGGACAUAGGAGGUGAGUUGACUAAAGAGGAAUGUUCCAGCUGUUUUCCGACAUCCCCUCAAACAGUGGAAGAUUCAACAGUUGAGGGGACAGUGGACAUUACAGACAAUAAUAGAUAUUCCAGCUGUUAUCCAGCAUCCCCUCAAACAGUGGAAGAUGCGACAAUUGAGGGGACAGUGGAAGUUACAGACAAUCUAACAUGUUCCAGCUGUUCUCCAAUGUCCCCUCAAACAGUAGAAGACACGAUAGUUGAGGGGACAGUGGAAGUUUCAGACAAGGGGACAGAAGAGGACAUAGGAGGUAAGGUGACUAUAGAGGAAUGGUCCAGCUCUUCUAAACGGCCUCCUCAAACAGUGGAACACACGAUAGUUGAGGGGACAGUGAAUGUUACAGACAAUCUUAGAUGUUCCAGCUGUUCUCCAACGUCCCUUCAAAUAGAGGAAGAUGCGACAAUUGAGUUGACAGUGGAAGUUACAGACAAUCUAAGAUGUUCCAGCUGUUCACCGUCCCCUCAAACAGGGGAAGAUGCGACAGUUGAGGAGACAGUGAAAGCUACAUACAAUAAUAGAUAUUCAAGCUGUUCUCCAACGUCCCCUCAAAUAGUAGAAGACGCGACAGUUGAGGGGACAGUGGAGGACAUAGGAGGUGAGGUGACUAUAAAGGAAUGUUCCAGCUGUUUCGCAAGGUCCCCUCAAACAGUGGAAGACACCACAGUUGAAAGGACAGUGAAAGUUACAGACAACCUUAGAUGUUCCAGCUGUUCUCUAAGGUCCCAUCAAACAGUGGAAGAUUUGACAGUUGAGGGGACAGUGGAAGUUGCAGACAAUCUUAGAUGUUCCAGCUCUUCUACAACGUCCCCUCAAACAGUAGAUAUGACAGUUGAAAGGACAGUGAAUGUUACAGACAAUCUUAGAUAUUCCAGCUGUUCUCCAACAUCCCCUAAAACAGUGGAAGAAGCGACAGUUGAGGGGACAGUGGAAGUUACAGACAAGUGCACAGUAGAUGACAUGGAAGGUGAGGUGACAAUAGAGGAAUGUUCCAGCUCUUCUACACCGUCCCCUCAAACAGUGGAAGGCGCGACAGUUGAGGGGACAGUGGAAGUUACAGACAAGUGCACAGUAGAUGACAUGGAAGGUGAGGUGACAAUAGAGGAAUGUUCCAGCUCUUCUACCCCGUCCCCUCAAACAGUGGAAGGCGCGACAGUUGAGGGGACAGUGGAAGUUACAGACAACCUUAGAUGUUCCAGCUGUUCUCUUAGGUCCCCUCAAAUAGUGGAAGGCACGACAGUUGAGGGGACAGUGGAAGUUACAGACAACCUUAGAUGUUCCAGCUGUUCUCUAAGGUCCCCUCAAACAGCGGAACACACAACAACUGAGGGGACAGUGGAAGUCACAGACAAUCUUACAUAUUCCAGCUGUUCUCUAAGGUCCCCUGAAACAGUGGAAUAUUCGACAGUUGAGGGGACUGUAGACGUUACAGACAAUAUUAGAUAUUCCAGCUGUUCUCCUCUAAGGUCCCCUCAAACAGUGGAAGACACGAAAAUUGAGGGGACAGUGGAAGUUACAGACAAUCUUAGAUAUUCCAGCUGUUCUUUAAGGUCCCCUCAAACAGUGGAAGAUUUGACAGUUGAGGAGACAGUGGAAGUUACAGACAAUCUUAGAUAUUCCAGCUGUUCUCUAAGGUCCCCUCAAACAGUGGAAGACAUGACAGUUGAGGAGACAGUGGAAGUUACGGACAAUCUUAGAUAUUCCAGCUGUUCUCUAAGGUCCCCUGAAACAGUGGAAGAUUUGACAGUUGAGGAGGCAGUGGAAGUUACAGACAAUCUUAGAUAUUCCAGCUGUUCUCUAAGGUCUCCUCAAACAGUGGAAGACAUGACAGUUGAAGGGACAGAGGAGGUUACAGACAAUUUUAGAUAUUCCAGCUGUUCUCUAAGGUCCCCUCAAACAAUGAAAGAGUCGACAGUUGAGGGGACAAUGGAAGUUACAGACAAUCUUAGAUAUUCCAGCUGUUCUCUGAGGUCCCCUCAAACAGUGGAAGACACGACAAGUGAGGGGACAAUGGAAGUUAGAGACAAUCUUAGAUAUUCCAGCUUUUCUCUCAGGUCCCCUCAAACAGUGGAAGAUUCGACAGUUGAGGGGACAGUGAAAGUUACAGACAACCUCAGAUUUUCCAGCUUUUCUCCAAGGUUUCCUCAAACAGUGGAAGACACGACAGUUGAGGGCACAGUGGAAGUUACAGACAAUCUUAGAUAUUCCAGCUGUUCUCUAAGGUCCCCUGAAACAGUGGAAGACACGAUAGUUGAGGAGACAAUGGAAGUUACAGACAAUCUUAGAUAUUCCAGCUGUUCUCUAAGGUCCCCUGAAACAGUGGAAGACGCGACAACUGAGGGGACAGUGGAAGUUGCAGACAACCUCAGAUUUUCGAGUUUUUUGUUAAGGUCCCCUGAAACAGUGAUAGAUUCGACAGUUGAGGAGACAGUGGAAGUUACAGACAAUCUUAGAUAUUCCAGCUGUUCUCUAAGGUCCCCUCAAACAGUGGAAGACACGACAACUGAGGGGACAGUGGAAGUUACAGACAAUCUUAGAUAUUCCAGCUGUUCUCUCAGGUCCCCUCAAACAGUGGAGGAUACGACAGUUGAGGGGGCAGUGGAAGUUACAGUGGAUGACGCAAAACUUGAGGGGACAGUGGAAGUUACAGACAACCUCAGAUUUUCCAGCUUCUCUCCAACAUCCCCUCAAACAGUGGAAGAUUCGACAGUUGAGAAGACAGUGGUAGUUACAGACAACCUAAGAUUUUCCAGCUGUUCUCUAAGGUCCCCUCAAACAGAGGAAGACACAACAGUUGAGGGGACAGUGGAAGUUACAGUGGACGACGCAACAGUUGAGGGGACAGUGAAAGUUACAGACAACCUCAGAUUUUCCAGCUUUUCUCCAAGGUUUCCUCAAACAGUGGAAGACACGACAACUGAGGGGACAGUGGAAGUUACAGACAAUCUUAGAUAUUCCAGCUGUUCUCUCAGGUCCCCUCAAACAGUGGAAGAUUCGACAGUUGAGGGGACAGUCGAAGUUACAGUGGAUGACGUCACAGUUGAGGGGACAGUGGAAGUUACAGACAAUCUUAGAUAUUCCAGCUGUUCUCUCAGGUCCCCUCAAACAGUGGAGGACACGACAGUUGAGGGGACAGUGGAAGUUACAGUGGAUGACGCAACAGUUGAGGGGACAGUGGAAGUUACAGACAACCUCAGAUUUUCCAGCUUUUCUCCAACAUCACGUCAAACAGUGGAAGAUUCAACAGUUGAGGAGACAGUGGAAGUAACAGACAACCUAAGAUUUUCCAGCUGUCCUCUAAGGUCCCCUCUCAGGUCCCCUCAAACAGUGGAGGACACGACAGUUGAGGGGACAGUGGAAGUUACAGUGGAUGACGCAACAGUUGAGGGGACAGUGGAAGUUACAGACAACCUAAGAUUUUCCAGCUGUCCUCUAAGGUCCCCUCUCAGGUCCCCUCAAACAGUGGAGGACACGACAGUUGAGGGGACAGUGGAAGUUACAGUGGAUGACGCAACAGUUGAGGAGACAGUGGAAGUUACAGACAACCUAAGAUUUUCCAGCUGUCCUCUAAGGUCCCCUCUCAGGUCCCCUCAAACAGUGGAAGACACAACAGUUGAGGGGACAGUGGAAGUUACAGACAAGGGUACAGUGAAGGACAUAGGAGGUCAGGUGACUACAGAGGAAUGUUCCAGCUGUUCUCCUAGGUCCCCUCAAACAGUGGAAGACAGGACAGUUGAGGGGACAGUGGAGGACAUUGGUCAGGUGACUAUAGAGGAAUGUUCCAGCUGUUCUCCAAGGUCCCCUCAAACAGUGGAAGACAGGACAGUUGAGGGGACAGUGGAAGUUACAGACAAGGGGACAGUGGAGUACAUAGGUCUGGUGACUAUAGAGGACUUUUCCAGCUGUUCUCCAAGUUCCCCUCAAACAGUGGAAGACAGGACGGUCGAGGGGACAGUGGAAGUGACAGACAAGGGGACAGUGGAGGACAUAGGUCUGUUGACUAUAGAGGAAUUUUCCAGCUGUUCUCCAAGGUUCCCUCAAACGUUGGAAGAUGUGACAAUUAAGGGGACAGUGGAAGUUACAGACAAGGGGACAGUGGAGGACAUUCAAGGUCAGGUGACUAUAGAGGAAUGUUCCAGCUGUUCUCCAAGGUCCCCUCAAACAGUGGAAGAAAGGACAGUCGAGGGGACAGUGGAAGUUACAGACAAGGGGACAGUGGAGGACAUUGGAGAGGAAUGUUCCAGCUUUUCUCCAAGGUCCCCUCAAACAGUGGAAGACAGGACAGCCGAGGGGACAGUGGAAGUUACAGACAAGGGGACAGUGGAGGACAUAGGUCUGGUGACUAUAGAGCAAUGUUCCAGCUGUUCUCCAAGGUCCCCUCAAACAUUGGAAGAUGUGACAAUUAAGGGGACAGUAGUGGAGGUUACAGACAAUUUGACAGUGUGCUCUGAGAAUGAACAUAGAAAAGCAGUUUCAGUAGAGGACAGAGUAAGUGAGGCAACGACAAAUGAAAAAACAGCCAUUGAUCAAACAGUUGCUCUUGCAGUUGUCAUUACACGCACACAGAGUCUAGGGGAGGCUGCAGAUGGGUCAUUAGCGAGAACAGUGCACAUAACACUUGGGGGGAGUGUGGAAGACAAGAAAGCCGAUGGGACAGCUGACAACGCCAUUGAUAUCGCAACUGUGGAGAGAGCAGAGGAAGGCACACAAGGGGGCCAAGUAAGGGCAGAGGACAGUGGGCACGACAAGAUGACUGUGGAGGAGACAGCAGUGGCGGGUACAGGAGAGGACGGAAAGAGGACUGUGGAGGACAAAACAGCUGAGUGUCUAGAGGAAACAAUAGAAGAGGACAGAGCAGGUGAAGAGUCAGAGGAAGACAGCACAGAUGAAGGGACAACGGAGGACAGAGUAUUUGAGGAGGCAGUGGAGAGCAUAGCAGUUGGGGGAACGGUGGUGAGCAGAACAGCCAGAAGGAAACGGGCUAGAGAGAAACAGAUCCAAAGAUUCCUCGUCCUUACGAUCCACUGUGUCUUCAAGAACACUGGCUCACUAAAGAACCUGGAUGAGCUCUCACUGGACAGACACAUUAGACGUCUGGUGAAGGUGUCACACGAAAAGCUCACUUUAGCGAAUGGGAACACUCCGUUGGUCAGGAUGUACAAGCCAGUGGGAAAAAGAGUCACCAAAGAGCUUAAGAAGACAUUUCGUCAAACGCUGAAUCAAACGCUUCUUCAAAUAGACCCAGAAACUGAGCAAACCAUCGCCGACUGCAUCCAGAAACACACCAAUGUUGAAAUAAAAGGGGGCCCAAAAACGUUCUGCUCCAGCUACUACAAUGCCAUCACCAAUGUAAUUCAGGCCUUAAUAAUAAUAGGCUUGGUAGGCGUUAUAUUAUCACUUUUUUUCCUGUUGUAAUAAGGUUUUAGUUUUGAAGCUUUUGGUUAAUCUCAAUAUCAUUAGAGGUGUCAAGAAGUUGAGAAGGAGGUCAAGCAGGAAGCCGACUGGGAAGGCAAAACACCUCAGGAGGCCAAGCAAGAGGCAGACUGUGAAGGCAGUUUCUCUCUGUAGGCUGAGCUGGUGGUGGUGCCAACAAAGGCCAGGUCUCAGCUGAGGCACCACCAAAUGAAUGAAGCAGUUUUCAAAUUCGAGAAGAUGCAAGGCAACAUUUUAGAUGUCGUUAAACUCCAUAGAAGACCAAGGGCUGUUAUCAACUGCAGCCCUGCUAGUGGAAGGUCAGGAGCUGAGGGCAGCUGGGGAACUAGCACCCAGAUCUGACUUGAGAAGAAGGUCCCUCUUGCUGAGGAUCAAGAACAGAAAACAGACUGGGGCUUGGGGACUGACCUCAGCUGCACCACCGACUGGAAGCAAGGGGCUGGAGUCGGCCUGACCACUGAUGCCAACUGAUGGACAGAAGUGGUGAGGCCAGAAAGCUGGACAGUGGUGACUCACUGUAGCUGGGCGUCACACGUAAGCCUGCAAUUUCAGCUUGGACAGGUGACUCAAAACUUGAGGCUAAGUCUUGGGCUGGUCACGGGAAAGUGGAAUGGAGCCCAAGUGUUACUGCUCAUAAGACAAGGCUUGGCCUCGUUGUGUGACCAAGAACAGGUCAGCUGCAAACCCCCAUCCGUGGCAGUGGCAACCCCCCCCCCCCCCCUGAACUUCCGGGAAAUUGACAGAGUACACCAGGAAGAAGAUGCAAAAUUCCAAAAACGACCCAUGCUGUUACUGGUUACAGCUGGCUGCUGGAGAGGGGACUCGAACCAUGGGGGAGUUUUUUCUGGCAGCUGAAAGGGUCAACAAAGUAAAAGAGUGAGAGGCAGGCAGGCAGGCGAGUGAGCAGGGAGGCAAGUGCGACAGAUGAGCAGACAGUUAUGUAAUGAGGUCAGACAGGUGUGCAGAUCAGCAGGACAGCAGACAGGUGCGGGAAAUAGUCAACAGAUCAGACGCCCGAAGCAGACACAUGGGGCCUCAGAUGAAUACAUGGACAAGGACAAAACAGAGGGCUAGAUAGACAGGCAUGCAGCUGAAAUCUGAUGAGUCACAACACGAGAAGGAACUCGGCUGGAUGACCAAACAAAGACAAACAGGAAGUUGUGUACGUACAUAAAUCAAGAGUGGAAGAAAGACACAAGUCAGCAGCGAAGAGGAAAAACAACUCAAGCGCUACAAGAAUCUUGCUUAUUAUUCAGUGGUGAGGUCCAGUGGUGGAAAGGACACUCUUGACUGGUGAGAAAUCCAAGUGCUUUGUGCUCGAGGUAACGUCAAGUCACUGGAAACAAAUGGCUUCCACGUGUGUUGACUUUAAAGCCAGGGACACAGUCGAUGACGUGGGUUUUGGUGUCUAACAAACAGCUUCAUGACUCAGCAAGUUGACCCUUCAUCGCUGUCCACUUUGACUGGCCGUGAAACUCCAGCCAAUCAGAAGCUGAGAGAAGAGACACAGAAGCACGCAAGGAGUAGCAGACAAGAGGACAAAUACUGCAGACGAACUGUAUCUUCCAUACAUUUAUAAUUCGUAUUAUGUGGCACAAAUACAACUAGGACAAUAGUCGUUUUACAUGCACCUCCGCUAACUAGUUUUCUGUUUUUCAAUAAAGGAUACAGACUACUGCCAUCCGGUGGCAAGGAAAGUAAUCUAGUAAGUAAUCUCGUAGGUGCAGAACAUAUGUGCUAGUUGCCUUUCUAAGACCUGUGAGUCUCCAAUUCAUGUCAUAUUCAGAUCAAAAAUGUAAUGG